UAAGUCUAAUUAGUUAAAAGAAUUCUUUGAGAUGACCAUAUAUUAUUAGGCGGACCAUAAAGAACACAAGAAGUGCUAUAUCAGGUGAAUAGUAAACAAACCGCGUGACCGACAACUUGACAAAUAUAAACACCAAGAAAAACAUAUAAGAAAAUAAACAUGUCAACAACUACUCCUCGUCCAAUUCCAAUAAUUAUUGAUGACCUUACAUUUUCACGUAAAAAAAGUGGUACAAGGUGUUUGGAAAGUCAUGUUCCAAAGUCUCCAAUAAAAUCUAUUCCACCAAUUAGUAGAAUAUUUCGACAUCGCAAUUUGUCUACACCAGGAGCUUUGUCAGUUAGUUUUAGACAAUCUGGUUUACAAAGCGGUUCAGCAAGCAUAGCAAGUCCUUCAUACAAAAAUGUUGACAAGUUAUAUUUUGACCAAUGUUUUACAAAGCUAUCCAAACUUGGUUCCGGCUCAUUUGGGGAUGUUUAUAAAGUUCAGAGUAAAGAUGAUGGCAAGCUGUAUGCUGUAAAAAAAUCUAGGGAGUGUUUUCGGGGAGAUUUUGACAGAAAGCAAAGAUUAGAAGAAGUGAAUAAAAAUGAGUUAUUACAAGGACACAUAAAUUGUGUUCAAUUUUAUAAAGCAUGGGAGGAACGAGGUUUUUUAUAUAUUCAAACUGAGUUAUGUGAAAUGAGCUUAAAAGAAUACGCUGAGAGUGUACAAGUAGUUGAAGAAAAAGAAAUAUGGAAUAUGCUGGUAGAUUUAUGCAAAGGGUUAAAACAUAUUCAUGAUUCACAGUUUAUUCAUAUGGAUAUAAAGCCUGCAAAUCUAUUUUUAGGACGUGAUGGACACUAUAAAAUUGGAGAUUUUGGUUUAGUUGUUGAACUUUCUAGAGAUUUGAGUGAUGCUAUGGAUGGCGACUCUAAAUAUUUAGCUCCUGAAUUAAUGGAGGGAAAUUUUUCAAAAGCUGCAGAUAUAUUCAGUUUAGGGAUAACUAUUCUUGAACUAGCAUGCAGACUGGAAUUGCCAAAUGGUGGUGCUUUGUGGCAUCGCUUAAGAAACAAUCAACUUCCUAUUGAAUUUACCCAGGGUCUUUCUGAUGAUUUGAUUUUGCUAAUAACAACCUUAAUGAAUUCUAACCCCAAGUUGAGGCCAACUGUUGAUGAUAUUCUUAAAUGGCCUUGUAUUAAACAGGCUGAGUGGAAGAGAGGAUCAAAAAAUAUUUUAGCUGUAAUUUAUAAACCAUUUCACUGGAUCUACUUGAUGAUUAGUCUAAUUUAUCUUUUUUUUCUUAGUAGAAUAUUUAAAAAUCAAAAUAAAAUAAACACUAAAACACAUCUCACAUCAUCACCCAAAUCUAAUUUCAAUUCUAGUUAUGAUUUAUUAAUAAACAAAACAAAAAGCAAUUCUACUUCCUUGUCUCCAAUUUGUUCAAGCAAAAAUAUAGAUGUGUCUCAGCGAAGCCCUUUACUGCAAGGAAUUAGUAAAGAAAAAGAUAGCCCAUUAUUGGGAUCUUUAAAUAGAGACUAUAAAUGGAAAAUAUCGUCAGAUGUGACACCAAAAAAUUCUUUAAAUGUUUCAAUGGACUGUUCUCCCCCAACUGCUCCUUUAGCUGAUAUGGCUGUGCGAUCACGACUUUUUUUAACUUCCAGUGAGGAUGAUGAAGUGCAAAUUGUACCAAAAAAUUUGCUAAACAGUUUUAACUCAUCAGAACUUUAAAAAUGUUUGUAAAUUUAAUCCCAAGUUAUAAAAUUUUCUAGUUGUAUAUUAUACAUUUAAUAUUUAUAUCUAAUCAAUUCUUGCACUGUAUAUAGUGUUGGAUUUAGGUUUUUGAGAACUAGGCUUAAAUGAAUUUUACCUUUAUAUAUAUA